AUGGAUGGUGAAUGCCACUCACCUCGGCCUUUCACGGAAAGGCAAAUAUGUACCACAGCACCAGAUAUCUACAAUUAUCCUAAUGUCGUGCCUUAUACUAACGAUCCCGUGCAUUUAUUUGAGUGUAGUAACAGUUCUCCAUAUCCAAUGAUGAACAAAACUGAUAUCAAGUUGCUAGGUGAACGAUCACAUUUUGCGCCCAGCAAUGAUUUAGAGCUAAGUAUACUUGAUGCUACUGAACAGGAUCCUCGUAAGUCUACCUUAAGUAGGCCCAUUCUCAAACCUUCAGGAGUUGAUAAUGUAAACAACAAUAUGAAUAAAUCAGGAAAUGUUGAUUAUAAUAAAUUACCAAUAAUCAGUUCUACUGCCAAUAAUAUUGUUACUCCACCCAAUAUCUUAUCAAAAGAUGAUUUUUUCUUGAAGAGAGGUAACUUAGGCCGAAUGCACUUAGACAUGAAUCCAAUACAACAACAAUUAAAUAGACUAUGCAUAGACAAAGAAAACAAUCCAUUUGCACAGAAAGCUCAAAUUAUACAAAUGUCAGCUUUAACUCAACCAGAAGUGAAGACCUUUAGUGAAGCACAAUCAACAAUCAAGGGUGACUGCAUGUGUCAUCAUUGUGUUAAAAAUAUAUCAGCUCAUCAUCAUGUAAUUGUGGACCAUACACCUUACCAACAUACUGGAAACUGUAUUCCUCACCACGAAGCUAAGAAUACUCCAAGACACAAUUACUGUAUGUGUGGACGUCCUACACCACCAAACACACAUUCUUGCUGUGAACAUACUCCACACCCUUCACAGUGUACAUUCAAGACUCCCGACUCAAAUCAUUCACCAAAUACACAAAUGACUGCAGUAGAGAAAAAGACAUGGGCUAUAGAGAAAUAUGAACAGAACAAAAUGUCAGAUUCGAAGGAAGUUGAAAAGCAAACAAAUGUAAUUAAAGAGAAACGUGAGCCAACCGUCUCAGAUCUGUUUAAAAUAAUAAAGCUACAAAAUGAACAAUUGCAGCUACUUCAAGAUAAAGUAGACAAAUUUAUAUCAAACAGUCAGCGAAAUCCUGUACAAAAUUGUAUAUCAGAACAAGUAGCUAUUGAGACUGUUGCUAACGAACAGCAUAAAAUAUCAAUAGGGGUUAUGACUAGCUUUGAAAUGGUGAGAACAUCAACCAUCAUCAACAAAGAGGUUUUAAAAACAAAUGAGAAUUCUCAAAUACAAUGCAAUAGAUCUCAAAUCAGUAUAAAAGAGGUAGUGUCAAAAGCACAGUCUCCAAAUUUAAAUUUUCUUGAAGGUAUCACACCUGUGGGUAAACAAAUGACUCAGGAACAGAACAAUGGAGAUGCUCAACACAUGAAUGAAGAAAAAACUUUAAAUGAAUUGAGUUUAUAUAAUGUUCAAGUGGAUAAUGCAACCACACCUUUGAUAUCUCCUGAACAGAGUUUAUAUUUGGAUGUUCGAGAUUAUAGCGAUUCUGAAGCAGAAAGUGAUGACCAGUCCAAUGUUGGAUGGACAUAUUACAACAAAGUAAUGACUCACGUUAAUGGUAUGUUACAUGACUCUGACAUGCCAUCAUCAGCCAGCGCGCUUUAUAGAAACACACGACAACAAAUGCAGACAGUGCAGAUGCAAAUUGACAAGACAAAUGUCAGUGUUACAAAAAGAGUGAAAUUCGGUGAUGAUCCAUUAGGCAUUCAUCAGCCUCAUAUCUAUACAGGGUCUUCUGACACAAGUCUGAAGAUGAAUCAGUUAGCAGCUAAGUACUUGAAAGGUGCGACACCUGUAGCAGCACCUCCACGACAGCCGACAACAACGCCCAUUGACAUGUCGUUCGCGACCAGAAAUUAUAUGGAUAGGCACAAAUUGCUACAAGGAGUGCCAUCGUCAUCCAGGUCCCCCUUGCAGCCUGAAAUGCCAAGAUUUUUAGACAUAACCGCUUUGAAACAACAACCUAAAUUUUUAUGA